AACCAAGAUGGCGCCGCGAGACUCCCAUUUCCCGGAAGUGAGGUCACCUGGCCGCUCCCAGUAUUCUCGCUGAGGCGGCCAUUCAAAUCGGAUAAUAACCCUAGGGGAAGAAAAUGGCGGCGGCAGCAGCGACGCAAGGCAAAGGAGCCGGGCUUGGCGGCGGAGCGGAAGGGCGCGAGGGCCCCGGCGUGGCGGUGGCUGUGUCCGCGGGGCCUGCAUGGGCGGUCUCCGUGGCCUUCCCCGGCUCGGUGACGCAGGAGGGCUGCUUCCGCUUCACUUGCGAGUUCCUCAAGCACGUCCUGUACCAGCGGCAGCAGCUGCCCUUGCCUUACGAGCAGCUCGCCUUCUUCUACCGGAGGCAGCCUCCCAGGGCCCCUGGCCAGGCGAAUGGGGAUGAAGAAGUGGUAAGAAAAGUCCACGUAAAAGAUCAAGACUGCAGCCAAAAGUGCCAGCAAGUGCUAAGUGAUCUUGAGGGAGUGUUCAAGCACUUGGAAACCAUGUUUACUUUGACACUGGUCCCUUGUGUUCUGAUUCUGCUUGGGGGUACUUCGGUCAGCCCUAAAGAAUUCUAUGAGAUCAACCUGCAAGGGGUGUCUGUUAGAGGUGCUGAGGACAGCCUGCAGACAGCUGCCUGCAUUCGCAAGCUUUUCCAUUCUCUGUUCCUGGCAGAUGUGUUCAGCGAGCUUCAGACUGGCCCUACCAUGGGUGUCACUGUGAUGGUUCAAGGGCACCGCAAUUGUGGUGUUGACUGGUUCAAACCUAAACUAAACUACAAAGUGCCAACCCGAGGGAGGAAGCUGACUGUGAACGUAUCAUGCAGUCAUCACACCAGUACAGGUCUUUCUGACUAUCAGGAGAUGAACUCAGCUUGGGAUGAUUACAUAUGGUUUCAAGCUCCAGUGACAGUCAAGGGCUUUCGUUACUUUUCUUCAUAAAAAAUAAAGGGAAUUUUUAAAUUAUCGUCUUUUUGAUCCACUGUAUCAAAACUUUUCCUUAUUCAGAGUUCCAUAACAGCUGUAUUCCAGCUCUGCUGUAUUAUUACAUUUACGGGAAUAGCUUUUGGAGAACUGAUUCAAAGGGUCAAAACAAUGCCUUAAUGAUUUACUAACUUUCCUCUACUGCGGUCUUUAUUUCCAAUUUGUACUUGACAUAAUUGAACCACUGUUUAAGUGUCUUAUAAUAUACUCCCAGUGAACUGUGCUCAUUGGUAAAAAAUUAUGCAGUGUUAGCAAAUGCUCAAUAAUGGCGUGAGAAGAAGGUGAAACCCAUCUUACUAACUUUUCUUAUGUUUCCUUUUCUUAUGUCUUCCUAACUUCUUAGGAAUAUAGCCAUAGUCCAAAGCAACAUAAUGCCUCUACGUGAAUGGAUAACAGCUUCUAAAAAUAGUAGCCUCCUAAGCACAACAAUUGCAGUGAUGAUUUCUAGGUGCUGCUUCUGAGAAAUAAUUCUGAGUAUUGUUAUAAAAGAUUCAAGGAGCACUUCAGCAAAUAGAUAAUUACAAGUAAAAUUACAGAGAUUCAUUAUUUGCUAUCUAAAGGACAUUUGCUCAGCUAUAUUAAGAGCUGCAAUGUCUGGUGUGUGUGAGAGAGCAAAAAAUGUUGGGUUGGAGUUUCCAAUUUUUUCAAAAUGUGGCAGCCUUAACCCUCUGACCAAGUAGUUUUGUGUGUGUGUGCAUCAGAUACUCCUACAUGCUAGAUGUUUUGCACAGCCCUUGCUAUAACUAGUUUAAGUUGAUAAAGCUGAAAUACCUCAUCUGAUGCUUUGACCAAAACUAAAUUAGACUUAGGGAUGAAAUUAAUGUCCUCAAAUAAUCCACUUUAAAAAAAUGCAAUAGCACAUUAUAACAGCUGAUCCAUUUCAAUUCAGCUAUGAAAGUAGAAUGUAUGGAGCUACUCUAUGGAACUACUAAGGGAAACUAGUAUUUCAUUUCAAACAGUGGAUAUUUAUUUUAUCCACUGUUAAGUGCUUGUAUGUCUUCAUUGUCCAGUUAAGGACAACAAGAAAUAUGGCCUCCACACAACUUUUGAAAUUGGAAUUUGUUUUAUGUCAAGGAAAAAAACCUACAUGAAGAAUAGGUGAUCCAAAAUAUGGCUUUCUGGAAAUUUCAAGGCUAAAAUAGAGGCCUAUGGUGCACAGAAAAGUUUAUUAUACUCUAGUUUACAAUACAUUUUUGGGAUAUGGGCCAUUUGAACUACACUGGAACUAUUACCUUCAUAGGCAAAUUCUAGAAGAGUGUUUAAUCUUGUACGUUUUAAGGGCUCCUGGUGACAUUUUGCAUUGUACUUGAAAAGCCUGGGAGAGGUUAAACAAACAUGCUUAUUCUAAAACAUGAAAGUGCAGAAAGUACUGUAUCAGCCAUUUGAAAAGAGGUUAUGAUCUCAGACACUGAUUUAAUGUAUUCAAGUGUCCUUACACAGAAGGAACAAUAUUUAGGGAAAUCUCUGACAAUCUACAGAAAGUUGCCUGCAAAGUAGAGCCCAGCCCUUUGACAGUUUAGGUGGCUUUUAAAACCACUGUGAACAUUCUAUAAUUGUGUAUAAAAUGGUGCUAUGUAAGAUCUGUGGUUAAAUGCGUUGGUCCAAUGAAUUUGUAAAUGCCAUUGUCCUUUUACAGAUCUGUACAAUGAAAUAAAUUACAGCAAGAAAGAUUUACUUGUUAUAAGAACCAA